AUGCCUUGCGCAUCCGCUGUCAUGAUCUCCGCCGCCUCCCUGUUCCUCGCCUCGUUCUUCGCGGUUAACAUGCCGCCCGUCGUAAUCUCCGCCCUCGUACGGACCCUUACCUCGGUACUCGUACCGACCCUCGUCGCUGUCCUCACCUCUGUCCCCGCCUUCGGGUACACCACUGCACCAUUCCUCGCCCUCGCGCGAGGCCCGCCCCUUCCCUCGGGGAACCCAACCAUGUCCCUCGACCCCUCCGCUACUACCCCGCCCAUGGUUCUUUACACAGUGGAAGAAUGA